CAUGAACCUCUGCAUCUCUUCUGUUUCUGUCUUUUUCUGCUGUUUCUCGCAUCUUCGUCUGAGAAGUAUGUAGUUUUUGGACGACUAUGGCUAAACGAAUGUUUUCGACGUCCGAGAAAUCGGAUACUGGAUUAGUGUCAGAAGAAUCGUCUAUUCGAGAUUUGGAUGUCGCGAAACAAGUUGGUAGUUGGCGGUUUACUGUAAGAGCAGGAGCUGGCAUUGCGAGUGUCGUGUUCUGCAUCAACUUGGGUGUUUUGAUAUGGGCAUCGACUAUGCAUGUCAAAGAUGGUUCUGCUACUGUGUUUGAAGGCUCUUGUACAGAGAUGAAGAGGAUAACCUUCUGGGCUGAUUUGGCCAUCAAUAUUUUGUCGACACUUUUGCUGGGUGCGAGUAACAAUUGCACUCAGUUACUCGCGGCACCUACGAGGAAGGAUAUUGAUGAUGCUCAUGCUGCUGGCCGAUGGCUUGACGUGGGUGUGUCUUCGAUGCGCAACAUCCUUGCUGUUAGUGGCUGGCGUAAAUGGACUUGUGCAUGCCUCGUCCUGAGCUCGAUACCUUUACAUUUGCUCUACAACUCAGUCAUCUUCUCAACAUUAUCUGCAAGCAACUACAUGGCCGCAAUCGUCACAGAUGACUUCUUCACAGGAGCGGCCUGGAACGAGACAAGACUCCAACGUGUAUUCGAGGAUUCCGAAAGAGCAGACCGACUGCUCACGGAUCUACGCGAUACCGUCGACAAUCUGACAAGGCUGGAGAAUGAAGAUUGCAUCCGGCAAUAUGGCUUGAACUCUCUCCAGUCCAGCUGGAAAAACGUCUUGCUAGUAUCGAUCGCCAAUGUCACAGGACCACUGAUCAGACCAUACUUCCACCAUGCCGAAGAAAAGUGGGACGAUCUGGGCUGGAUCUGUGGUAACCAGUCAACAGGAGUCGGUUAUCAGGAUAAUGGACACAACUGCAAUACCGCGGCGCUGCUCUCGCAUUCCACCGACUGGGUCAUCAAGGACUAUCUGAUCGAGCAACAGAAGAUUACGUUCAAGGAUGGGUCAGUCGGAUAUAUGGGAUCGGAUGCUGGAGGCCCCCCUUAUGAGGCAUCCAUCAAGUACUGCCUGGCCGAGCCCACAGAACAACACUGCACGGUUCAGAUCAGCACACCUCUUCUUGGUAUCGUUCUGCUUUGUAAUCUCGUCAAGGUAUUGUGUCUGGCAUGGAUCCUCUUUGUCCGAGGCUUCUAUCCUUUGGCAACAGUCGGCGAUUUGAUCAGUUCGUGUUUGAGCGAUCCUGAUAGCCAUACUCACGGUAAGGGUCCCCUUGCCGCGAAGGAUAUUCCUAGGCACGACAGCGCAUCUUAUGGCAAGUGGUUACCUAAGCUGGUCGAAGGAUACCGACAGAUCCAUGUCGAGCACUCGAUGUCCUUGUUGAGUCGAAGUCACAAUCAGGCUAUGGCCGCCGAGGAGUCUCCUGCUACAACCGAAGCAUUCGAGAAAUCGAAUGUGGCGCCUAUAAAGUGGAAGAAGCGAGUUUACCGAUGGUAUCAGGCUUCAUCAACACUGAGCUGGGCCGUUUGUAUGACAUUAUCAGUACUCACUUGGCUCACUGGCUUGUGCCUUCUCGUCAGCAGUGUCAAAAGAUACAAGCGCCUGUAUGAUCAGACCUACACACUCUCUAGCAUGUGGAGCUCUGGGGUUGGCAACAUCUCUACCAACAACUUGAUCGAUUCAACUGGCAACGGCAGAUCCCUCCUCGCCAAUGUGCUUCUGGCCAACACGCCUCAGAUAAUCAUCUCGUUCAUCUAUCUCUUUUACAACAACUGUCUGACCAGAAUGUUGCUUGGACAAGAAUACACCGACUACGCAAGACAUCGUAAGCCUUUGCGAGUGAGCAGGCCGAAAGGAGAACAACGGAGUACGUAUAGACUGCAGCUCCCAUAUCGCUACAGUGUGCCACUCAUGACGGCAAUGGCCGUGUUGCAUUGGCUGGUCGCUCGCAGCAUCUUCCUCGUGGAAGUCAACCCAUAUGAUUAUGACGGGGUAGUCCUGAUCGACAAGAUUUCUGCUUGCGGCUACUCGACCAUGGCCAUUGUGCUGUCGCUUAUGGUCAGUGGUGUCAUCAUCCUAGCGCUGCUAGCUGUCGGCGCCAGAAGGUUGGAGCCUGAUAUGCCAUUGGCUUCCAGUUGCAGUUUGGCCAUCGCUGCAGCGUGUCAUACGCUUGGGAGAGAGGAAGAUGCUGAGUUGUUGCCGCUCAAAUAUGGCGUAGUGACUGGAGAAGAUUCGAACUGCGAAGAUGGAUGGGAGCAUGCAUGUUUCAGCAGCAAAGAGGUUACGCCAUUGGUCGAUGGACAAUUGUAUGUUUAGGAUACGUACUAAACGUCAGCUUGUGUCGAUGUGUCAGUUUUACAUACUCAUCGGUCAUCAUGAAUCUCAAUCAUCAGACGCAGGUCACGGCUGCUGAAUCGGCCAUCCGCAUCUCCACUGCACCCCGAUUCGACAGCGUAAAAGGAAACAGACUUGCACAUCAGCACGAAGGCCUCAGCAGGGAUACUUGAACGGUACAUUCGAGUCUCCCCAUAUGUGUCUCGUGGGUGUCGCUGAUAAAUAGUACCGUGACACGAUGGAGAUGUCGUUGAUGAGAGAGCUCAAACGCAGGAGAGAAGUCGGACUGCUAGUGUUGUGGCGUGUGCUUUAUUGUAAGCCGAUAUGGUCUCAAGGAAGAAGCGAUGCGCCCAUGUCUCCUUCCUUCGUGACGGGCUUUUCCGCCUUCGCCUUCCUACCAGAAC